UGUAUGACUUCAGCAAGCCAGAGAUCUCUGAAUCUGCACUGAUAAACGACAGUCCCAACAGGCAGAGAUUGAUUUGGAAAAGGACAGGAUUUACAAUGAUUGAUCUCACACCUCUGUCAGUCACCUGGACCCUUGUGGCACUGCUCAUAACUCUCUUGUUUGUUUAUGGUGUUUGGCCACAUGGAUUUUUCAAGAAAAUGGGAAUUUCAGGACCAAGGCCUUUGCCUUUCUUUGGCACAUUUCUUUCAUACACUAAAGGUGUUUGCAAUUUUGAUAUGGAGUGUGCUAAGAAGUAUGGGAAAAUGUGGGGGAUCUUUGAUGGAAGGCUCCCAAUUCUAAUGGUUAAUGACCUGGAAAUGAUCAAAGCGAUUAUGGUGAAAGAGUGUUAUUCUACCUUCACUAACAGAAGGGAUACAAAUGAAGAAAUUGCUGGUCCUUUUGCUGAUGGAAUAUCUUUUGUUAAGGAUGAAAGAUGGAAGAGAAUUCGUGGUACACUCUCUCCAUAUUUCACAAGUGGUCGACUUAAGGAGAUAUUUCCUAUUGCUGAGACACAUGCAGAUCGUUUUAUUCAAAAUAUGAAAAAGAGAGACCAGGAGCAGCCAGUUAAAAUAAAGGACGCUGUUGCACCAUACAGUUUGGAUGUUGUCACCAGCUCAUCCUUUAGCGUUGACAUCGACUCCAUAAACAACCCAGAUGACCCUUUCGUUGCCAAUAUCAAGAAGUUUUUCAAGUUUAAUCUGUUCAGUCCUCUCUUGCUGCUAAUAACUCUGUUCCCAUCUACAGCAAAACUUUUGGGCAAAAUAGGUUUAAGUGUUUUUUCAAGGUCGUCUGUGGAUUAUUUUUACAGUAUUUUGCGAAAGAUAAAGGACCAGCACAGCAAGGAAUCAAAUGGGCGGGUGGACUUUCUGCAGCUCAUGAUCCAGAGCCAAAUAGCUGACACUCAGGCUGAAAACACUACAAAUGACCAGCCAAUAAAAGGACUGACAGACCAUGAGAUCCUCUCCCAGUCCUUCAUUUUCAUCCUCGGCGGUUAUGAGACUACAAGCACCACUCUCACUUUCCUUCUCUAUAAUCUUGCAACUAACCCAGAUUGCCUGCAAAAACUGGUCGAAGAGAUUGAUGCAAACUUUCCCCAUAAUACGCCUGUCAUAUUUGAUGCAUUAAUGAAAAUGGAUUACUUGGAAAUGGCCAUCAAUGAAUCUAUGCGUCUCCUUCCCACUGCUCCACGCUUAGAGAGGGUCUGUAAGAAGACUGUGGAGCUCAAUGGAGUGACCAUACCGAAGGACACACUGGUUGGAAUUCCUACAUAUGUUUUAAAUCGUGACCCGCAGCUCUGGGAGUCCCCUGAUGAGUUCAGGCCAGAGAGGUUCAGCCCUGAGAGUAAGUCAAAGAUCAACCAGUAUGCUUUUAUGCCUUUUGGACUUGGGCCCCGAAAUUGCAUUGGAAUGAGAUUUGCCCUAAUGAUCAUGAAACUUUUUGUUGUGAAGCUGCUUCAAAACUUCAGUGUGGAAACAUGUAAAGAAACGCAGAUCCCUCUACAGCUGAAUGUCAUUUUUCAGCCAAAGGUUCCCAUCACACUGAAGUUCAUACCAAGGGACAGAAAAGAAUAACUCAAAAAAUGCAAAAAAGUGAUCAAUAUAAUUUGAUUUCAAUAUAAUUAUAAAGAAGAAUGCAACAGUUGUAAUAAUAAAGCACAGUUAUGUAGAAUGAACAAGAUCGUAAAUAAUAAUACUUUGUUUUUAUGUUUACAUUGUACACCAUAUUUAGGUGAGCCAUUGUAAUAUUUGGUGGUAUGAUUUAUGUUGCUUGUGGUUUGAGCAUUUCUCUGUUCAUUUUAUUGUGUACUCUCUGAAGUAUAAUUAAUGCAUUAAAAAUCAUUCUGAA